CAGAGAAAUGGUCUGUCAGUAAACACACCCAAGCAUACCCAACAGAUGCCUAUGGAAACCUGGAAUUCCAGGGAGGAGGACAUUCAAAUAAGGCCAUGUACAUCCGUGUGUCAUAUGACACUAAACCAGAUUCUCUGCUGCAUCUCAUGGUGAAAGACUGGCAACUGGAACUGCCCAAGCUCUUAAUCUCUGUCCAUGGAGGCCUCCAGAACUUCGAAAUGCAACCAAAAUUAAAGCAAGUGUUUGGAAAAGGGCUGAUAAAGGCUGCCAUGACCACAGGAGCUUGGAUUUUCACUGGUGGUGUUAGUACAGGUGUCAUUCGUCAUGUGGGAGAUGCCUUGAAAGAUCAUUCUUCCAAAUCCAGAGGACGAAUAUGUGCCAUAGGAAUUGCACCAUGGGGCAUUGUAGAAAACAAGGAAGAUCUAAUAGGAAAAGAUGUAACACGAGUUUACCAAACAAUGUCCAACCCUUUAAGUAAGCUCUCUGUGCUCAACAGCUCCCACACCCACUUCAUUCUGGCAGACAACGGCACAUUAGGUAAAUAUGGAGCUGAAGUGAAGUUACGGCGUCAGCUGGAAAAACACAUUUCCCUCCAGAAGAUUAACACACUUUCACUGACACUUCUUUUUUUCUCUUUUUUCUGUUUUCUGGCUUUUGCAGGACUGGGGCAAGGUGUUCCUGUAGUUGGGCUCAUAGUAGAAGGAGGUCCCAAUGUGAUCUCCAUUGUCUUGGAGUGUCUGCGGGAAGAGCCCCCACUCCCAGUGGUGAUCUGCGAUGGCAGCGGGCGAGCGUCUGACAUUCUGUCAUUUGCACACAAGUAUUCAGAGGAAGGAGGGUAA